AUGCUGGUUCAAUGGAGGACGACGAGUGCUGGCAGACGAAAUCGAACGAGUUACGCCUCUACACCCACGACCUCCUUUUGGACGAAAUUGACGCCAAGAAUGCAGUCGAACACUACACGUCAUUCCUCCAUCCCCACAGCAGAUCUACUGAUCCAAGAUGAAAUCAAAGCAGUCGGAAUAACUGAUACACAACUCCAGGUACCCGCACUGGCUCUAAAAAAAUGGUUUCAGAGCAUUUUGAAUAAGGUCGACAUGGUGAGGAAGGGAGUCGACUUCAGCCUCAACGAGAGCUUUGUUCCCAAGGUGACCCGCUCUGUCCUGCGGGAGGGCAAUGCAUGA